AUUUUUUCGUUUGGAGCGUGAGGCCCAUAUAAGUACUUCUUCUAGCCACGUUGGCGCACCGUCGCGCGAAAGUGAAGGAGAAGCAACAUAGACAUACACAGGAGCGCUUCCAUCCUUCACACUAAUGGUGCUCACAAACGUAGUAGUACCGGAAGAGAAUCGUCAUGGGGAUGGUGUUCUGGCUCUUCUCGGUUCUGUUAAGCACCCUAACAACCCUCCUCAUCGCCGUCUCACGCCACCAGCGACUAGUCUGCCUCUCCCUAAACGGCCCACAAUGCACACUGACGCUGCGCUUCUUUCCAAAAGGGAACAAGCUGCACCAGGGGCUACCGCAAGAGCAGUGCCAGGCGGUGGAAAGUACAACCGAAGAGUCCGAUUCCACCGCGGAACAAGCUAUGGGAGCGUCUGAGCGAUUAUCUAGUUUUUUAUUCAAAAAAACCUCUUCAAAGCUUUUAAAUAGCAACUUUCCGCUCGCGAUUGGGGCGCGGAAGCGUCGUCAUCGGGAAACGGCACAGGUGAGUUUGAAGGCGGUGCCCAGAAUUGAUAUCAUGUUGAAGCAUCUAGAUGGAGCCCCAACUUGAACUAGCUAUACUCAGGAUGCCAAUUUGAUUGAAGAGACAGGUUAAAUUAGAGCUGUUUGCUCCUUGUUUGUGUAGAUGGUCCAGACGCUUACCCGGCCCUAGGUGACCACGAAACCGGAACGGGGCCCGCCAGCAGCCGCGUCGCGACUCGGCCCCGACGACAUUUGCUGCGCCAAGUGCCUCAGGUAGAGAGUCCAGCCUUGUGCGGCAGUUCUAUCCUUCUGAAGAAUCCAGAUAGGCCCCACCUUGGGCUCGCUACUUUGGAGCGUGGGCUUCCUUUCAAGACAUGGGCGAAAAUAUCGGAAGCCGGUAAUGGUCAGGGGCGCUGGAAGCUUUAGGCUUUUUCCGCCCUGCACAUCCUGCCCACCUAAGAAUACGAAGCCACUCGUGUUUCGACACGCGGGGCCCCGGGUCGUUUUGGUGGCGGGCUUCCCUGGUUCGCCGCCGGAUACAGCUACGCUCGUCGUCUGAAACGGGCGCUACUCUAAACGCAUCCGCCAUAUAAGAGCCGCACGCAACUCAGCGGGCUUGAGUUGAGGCCUCAUGUGCAUGCCCGUAAUUGACACAAACUCCGCACACCGGUGAAAACCUUACCAGAACCGCACCCCUUUGGCGAUGUUUCCGGGCGCGAAUAAAAAUGAGAAGGGUCCCGGCGAUGUAGGUUGGAGGCGAAGCACGUACUGGCAGCACACCAAAAUACCUCCGCAGACACUGCAAAUAAAAGCAGGCCUUUUUCGAUUGCUCUGAAGUACAAAUCUCAAGCAUCCAGGUAGCUAGUUCAAGUCGGGGCUCCAUCCAGAUAUUUAAUUUCGACACCCCAGCCAGAAGCUCCGUCUUCCGUUCUCCAGACGGAUCCGAAAUGAUCACCGUUUCGCAAGUUUCGCCAUCAAUAAAGUUGCUAUCUAAAAGCUCUAAAAUGAUUUUUUUGAAUAAAAAAUUAGAUAAUCGCUCAGACGGUCCCAUACAAGCGAAGGCGCUGGAAAGUACCGAAGAGUCCGAUUCCACCGCGGAACAAGCGAAGGCAAAACGAGCGGAAGAGGCAAAAUCCCUGCUCGGGGCCGGGCUAACAAGGAGAGAGGCUGCGGUAGAGGCCGGGAUGAAAAGUCCGUUGCUAGCAGCACUAGCAGGAAGUCCAGGUCUAUCGACGUCACAUGUUGACAACGCCGUCGCACUCGGAAGUACUGCACCAACUGCUACAUCUACUACCUCGCCUACCGCAGUACAACAAUCAUCGAAGGCCACUUCUCCCACUGGUCGUCGAGGUUCUACUUCCCGUGUCCGCUGCAUCGGGAAUUUUGACUCCGUCUUAGGUACGUACGAGAAGGUAUGAGGGUGCACAACUCCUCCCCUCCUCAUUAGUAUAGCAUGAACGGCAAUACAAGCAUUAGCAAGACUGCUGGCUUUGCAUGACAAAUGUUCUUCACAGGAGUGUCGUGCCGUUUGGGGUUCCGGAGUUUGUCAUGCAAACAGUGCCAAGAGGCACAGACUGGAUUUGGUGUUUUGCAUGACAAAUGAGGGGGAGGGGGGGUUGCGCACUGUCAUAGAAGGAAAGAGGCUGGUUCCAAACGGCGGCCGAUGCGGCAAACGCGCGGCAGUGCCUGUUUUCUGAUGUGUGCUACGACUUGAAGGUGGAAGAUUGGGUGUUUUACACGACACGAAGAAAUGCUCGUGCAGGAGCAGGACUACUGCAUCAGAGUCAGACAGCACUACCUGACAUCCGUUCCUUCGAUGCCAAUACUGGGCCGCAAUACAAAUUCCGACAUAGGAAAGCCGAGGGGGACAAUCACGACGCGGAUUUCGUUCCCCUUGGCCACGGAUUUUCCGUGUCAGAGGAUUUGCAGCCGGAAAAGCGGUAUGCAUUGCAAAAGCAACGUACUAGUUGAUGUACGAAUUGCAUUACAAGUUUUAUUCGCAGCAUGAAAAGUGGAGUUUGUAGUGCUGCUCUACCUUGUGAAGCAGAGUUGUCAUGCACAUCUGCAAUUGGUACGGGCACGAACACGUUGCUCUUGCAAUGCAUAAGCGGAAGGCCUGGCGGUUCAGCAGCCACUAUCGAACGGCAAGUACAGGCACUGCGACUUUAUCUUCACUGGAAGAUGAUACCGGCGGCCCUUCGGAAGGAGAUCAGAAAAGCACAACGUUCCCGCGUUCCUUCACGCCGAUGAUAGUAGAAGCAGGCACGACGACGAAAACAAAGUUCCUCGACGAUGGCGUUUACAUGCUGACCCAACCCAAGUACCUUGACAACGUGGGCCACGCGCUGGAAGACGGCGUCAUGAACCUCCUUGCCACGCUCUUCAAGUUUGGCGUGUACACUCCCUGUCCGAACAUCAUUCUGGUCCAGAGCUGCGCGGAGCUGUUUCUGCGCGAGGCGAAGGGGGAGAAAAGAACGAAGUUGUGUCAGAAGUUUGUGAAGGAUUUUUUCGGCGUUUUGAGUGGCAACUGCACUGACACAUCGGCAGCCGCAGCGACCACUGCGAAAAACAACAAUAACCCGCAAAUAUUAAGCCAGCAAAGUUCUACUGGCGCGCUGCAACUUAUGGGAGUGUCAGGAUCGAAAUCGACAAUAUCGAAAAAUUUGUAAUGCAUAAAAUGGAUUCCAGUUCGAACCCAGUUUCUAAGUGGCGCAUGACAAAUUCUGGUGGUGCCUAAUUCCAGUUUGUAAUGCUGUUUAGGCAAAGAAGGCUGAUUCUCUCAUGCUGCUUUAGCAGCUCGAGCUAUAACGCCAAACAGGCUUACAAUCGGCCUCACUUGCCUGCUCUGCAACACACGUACUUCGCGUCAUGCAUUUUAUGCAUCACAAAUUUUUCGACUUUGUCGAUUUCGAUCCUGACAGUUCCAUACAACUGUGGGACGUGCUCCGCACCGCGAAGGAAGAGCAGUACGACCAAGUCUGCUAUCAAAUGCAAAUAUGUCUGGGUUCGGAAGGUCGCAAUUUGUCAUGCUGUUUAUGGAUUUUAAAAAAAUUUGUAUUGCAUGACCAGCAAGAGCGGUCCAGUUCGUGCUACGCGGACAGGGCGUUUCUCAUGCGGAAGGCGUAUCAAGAAGGGUUCUAAAAAUCUGUGAUGGUAGGUCAUACAGCACAGACAAUCAUGGGUCAUGAGAAAUAUGCAUGCCAAGUCUUGCACUCUUCCAGACCCAGACAUAGUAUUUGGAGUUGAUAUCUGCUUCAAAAACCUAGUCGUCGGCGGCUCGCACAGCGUCUAUCAGCGGUGGUCAGGUCUAGCGACGGACGGGAAGGAGCCUUUUCUCCGCCUUUUGCGGGCGAAAUUCUACGCGUAUUUCGGGUUACCGGUGGAUGGAAAUAGGCCGAAAACGCAUCAAAUUGUACUGGUCAAGAAAACGGGGAAAGCUGGGUCGGAGGGCAAAGCGAAAAAUAGUCGGGCGAUCGCGAAUUUUCAGCAGGUGCAUGACUACUUGGUACAACGGUAUAAGGGCGGGAGUAAAAAACCCGCAUCAAACACAGCUGCGGAACCUGGAGUUGUCGUCCCUACACUUGGACUUCCCCCUUCCACAUCAACUGCUCCCGCCGAAGCAGCUUCUGCUAGCCAUAUUUCACGUUUUUGCGUCACUUCCUGGUCAGAGCUUUCGUUGAAGAACCAGCUUCAAGUGCUCCAGAAAACCACUGUGGUCAUCUCGCCCGCUGGGGGCAUUUCCGGGCUCCUACCAUUCCUCCCAGACGGGUCAUAUGCGAUUCUGCUGAAUUACCAGGAAUCACUGUCGCAAUUCCCAAUGGGGGUGACACUCAGUUUUUUCGCCGGGUUUUUGUCGAAAGUUGCGGACUAUUUUAUUUCGUCAAAAAAGACUACGCCAACUGAUGGCAGCAGGAGCAGCAGUGGGGCAUCAGAUCCUGCUUCCGAUAUUAGGGCAAUAGAACAGAAAAUUUCAUCCUAUCAAACCAUGAACCCGCUCCACCGCUGGUUCCCUUCCUACCAGCGGUUUUUCCGCGGGUGGGGCUUUCACGGAGAGUGUCCGGGGUGCUCGUGGACGAUGGAGGCAGAAUUGUGGCAGCACGUGCCAUGGGUUGAGAAAUUGUUUUACCAAACGUGGGACACAUCGGGUGACCGAAGUGCGGACGUGGUCGUUGAUGUCAAACGCAUGGAGCAGCUCUUGCAGCAAGCGCUGCGGAAUUACGAAUUUGGAUAAAGAUGGAGAAGCGAUUAUUUGUACACGCAUACUGCAUGAGUACAACGAUUACAAUAGAUACCUCCUGCUUGGCGACUUGUUCG